CACAGCAGGGUAUAUGAGAGAGCAGUGAUCAAAAACAUCAGAUUAUCACCACAGACUGAAGAAGUCUAAUUUGCUUCAAACUGUCUCUGAUUGUCACCAUGGAAGCUGUUCUUCACUUCUUGAAGAAAUAUGUGGGACGUUUUGGGAUCUUCAAUCUUGUUCUCUUGACUCUGGAGAACAUCCUGGAUGAUAACUUUGUUUGUCCUUGCAAACAUGUCUACAAUAUAGCGUUAUGUGUUCUGUAUGGCUUUGUCCCUGCUCUUGGUUGCGUCUGUUGUACUUUGUGUUUCGUGGAUCUGUCACCACAUAGAGAGACUGAAGUGGUGGUGCAUUUCUCCAGGUGUAUAAAUCAAAGACAACUGUACUCUGGUCUCACUGUCCCUAUCUGGCUGUCCAUUUGUUUAUUUGAUGGCCGAUACCUGGCCUGUGCGUUAUCAGAUUGGGGUGGUGUGUACACUAAAUCUGACACUUUGGACAAUGUAAACUGGUGCAAGCCGCCUGGAAAUGAACCCUCAGUGUUGAAGAGUUACCAGAAGACUCUGGAGUUGAUCUUCCUAUCUCAGAUUAUAGGUUUUAUCCUGAUGACAGUCAUUAUUAUUAUUACAGCAACGUACAAUGCACAACCCAACACUCCGUCAGCGCAAAGCCAACCCAACACUCCGUCAGCGCAAAGCCAACCCAACACUCCGUCAGCGCAAAGCCAACCCAACACUCCGUCAGCGCAAAGCCAACCCAACACUCCGUCAGCGCAAAGCCAACCCAACACUCCAACGCCAGCGCAAAUCCAACCCAACACUCCGUCAGUGCAAAGCCAAGGAGCAGAAGGAUUGGAGAUGACUGAAGUAGUGACUCUGUGAUCAGAUGGUUGUGAGUUCAAAUCCCAGGACUGCCAGGAGGUACAUUAACCCUCACUCAGUGCUGUAGUGUCCCAACUUUAGAUAAAAAUAUCUGUAAAUUUUUUAAUUAAUAAAAUUAUAUGUUAUAUAUUAACAUAAAACAACAUUUAUCAUUUGCUAAUUAUUUGUAAAAUUAUAUACACAAUAUAAUUGAAUGUUUAAAUUCAGUAUUUAGAGGUACAGUAUAUCAGGUAAACAUUUGUGUUAUAAUUACUUUUUACAUUAUCUGGUGAUUCCUAUUAAUGAAUUGAUUUACUAUUAGCUGUAAUUUUGAUUUUAGAUGUUUUU